AUGGUUCCCGUUUCACGUCAGGAAGGUCAUCUCAACCUGAACUACAUUCCGAUCUCUCAGCCAAUGUCGGGAACGUCGACUGGAAGCAGCUCGCCCAGCGAUCCCUCUGCGGCGGCUGCGGUGAAAUCUCCUUUUGGAGGUCCCAACGGGCUGGGUAGUGCUCCGGGUUCAUUGGGAAGCUCGCGACUAGGGGCUGGAUCCCCUUCUCAUGAACUUGGUGCCCGCCUCUAUUCUAAGCGGGCGCGAGAGAUUCAGGCGCAGGAAGGUGUUUCCCCGAGCAUUUGGGGCCCCCCAACGAGUGGACAUUCUACCCCCCUUCGCGAGAAUAUUCCCGAGUCUCCUAGUCAGGAUGGCUUUCCCGACCUCGUGCCUCCUCCAGAGUCAACAAUCAACAGCCCCGCUAGAAGGGCCAGAGCGGGCACUGUUCCGUCGCGAUUCCCUCCUGUCGGCACGCUGAACGGAUCGAACCUUCAACAACAGUCUUUCUUGUCCAAGACGUCCCGGCCUACGCCAUCAACCAGCCCAUUCCGACCCCCGGGAGUCUCAGGUGUCGAGUCCAGCGUGAAGACGACAACAGCCGCACCUGGAAGUAAUACGACAGUCUUAUCCCGUCUGCGGGCAGGCUCAAUGCCGCAGCGUACAAGUAUUCUGGGUUCUUCGAAUCCUUUUGGGCCGUCUCUUUUCUCCACGAACUGGUCGACUGGGCGGGAGCGAGCGACAACACUUACCAGUAUUCGAUCAUCCGAAGGCCCAACUUCUCCAUCCCAGUCCUCCUUUUCGAGAGACGGCCUGGCCGAUACCGAUGUGAAGACGUUGGACUACCUUGGGCUGGCAGAAACGCCACAGCAAACGGGGGCGACACUCGCCCGUCCGUCAGUGGAGUCUCUCAUGCAACAACAGCAACAACAGCAGCAGCAGCAACAGCAACAACAGCAGCAACAACAGCAACAGCAACAGCAACAGUCAUCAGCCCUCCCUCCGCUGCUGGCUGAACUGGCGAUGAUGAAGAAUAAUAACCGGUUCCGAUCCUACUCUGUGAACGCCACAGAGAAAUAUGCCGAGGAUGAUGAGGAGUACGGAGCCCAGUAUCCACAGGUUCCGUCAGGCACUAUGACUCCCUCGGCUGCAGCGACGGCAGCACAACUUGCAGCAACGCAAGCUCAAAUCCAUCAACAUAACCUUGCAGUCCAAGCUUUCGCCAACCAUGCCUCUGCAAGUCGGCCUCGAGCAAGGACAGCCGGUGUUCUUGAUACGCCGCCACAACGAUCUUCCAUUCGAAAUUACCUUGCAACUCCUUCCCGGCUGGACAACAGUAUCAGCGCGGCUGACCUCCGCAUUGCAGAGGGUGGGGAAUAUGACGAACUAUCCGAGGCUGUACACAUGAUGCAGCUUGGCGGAAAUAAUAAUAAUAAUAAUAACGCCAAUGUUGCUGCUCGUCCCGCCGCGGAGACGACUGAUGAAAACAACAUCGAAGGCCCGACAAGAGCAUUAUGGAUCGGAAGCAUUCCUGUUUCCACAACCGUCACGUCUCUGGAAGCGAUCUUCAGCAUAUACGGCAAAAUCGAAUCGACCCGUGUCCUUACGCACAAGAACUGCGGAUUCGUCAACUUCGAGCGUAUUGAAAGUGCUAUCCAGGCUAAGUCCCUUCUCAAUGGCAAAGAGAUCUUCCCUGGGGCAGGGCCUGUGAGGAUCGGGUACGCCAAGGUUCCAGGAACUUCUGCGUCUGGGACCCCAGGUGCCAAUGGAACCCAGCCUUCUCCGACGCCUGAUCCCAAUGCAGCUUCGGGAGCGAACGGGGCCGAUGCGGGCUCGAAAUCAGAGAGAACGGAUGCGAAUACUCCUCAGGUCCCGCCUCUCGUCGAGUUGCAGCCAGAAAUGGCUCAGAUUGUGAAGGAAUUUGGUGCCACUGAUGAGGACGCUCGCAAAAUCACCGCUAGCAUUCAGCGGGCUAUUGCGUACAAGUCAUUUAUAGACGAGAUUCCACCAAUCCCGGAGCCAAGCCAGACUCGGAUGUACGAUGCCCCUCGCCUUCGCGACAUCAGAAAGAGGAUCGAUAAUGGGGCCUGUUCCAUCCAGGAGAUUGAGGAAACUGCAAACGGCAUGCUUCCAGAGAUCGCAGAGCUAUCUUCUGACUAUCUCGGCAACACGGUUGUCCAGAAACUUUUCGAAUAUUGUUCUGAACAGACCAAGGAGCAGAUGCUGGUCCAGAUCGCACCACACCUCGCGGAGAUUGGAGUGCAUAAGAACGGAACGUGGGCCGCUCAAAAGAUUAUUGACGUGGCGAAGACUCAGACGCAGAUGAAAAUGAUUGUGGAGGCCCUUCGACCAUACACGGUUCCUUUGUUCCUAGAUCAGUACGGCAACUAUGUGCUGCAGUGCUGUUUGCGCUUCGGCAGUCCGUAUAAUGAUUUCAUCUUCGAGACCAUGAUCAGCAGGAUGUGGGAAAUCGCUCAGGGAAGAUUCGGUGCUCGAGCCAUGCGCGCUUGCCUCGAAAGUCAUCAUGCCUCCAAAGAUCAACAACGGAUGCUUGCCGCUGCCAUUGCGCUUCACAGUGUUCAGCUCGCUACGAAUGCGAACGGCGCCCUUCUCUUGACUUGGUUCCUGGACACAUGCACCUUUCCCCAUCGGAGGGCUGUGCUCGCUCCGAGACUUGUGCCUCACCUGGUGCACCUUUGCACCCACAAGGUUGCCUAUCUGACCGUUCUCAAAGUGAUCAAUCAAAGGAACGAGCCUGAGGCGCGGGAAAUCGUGCUCAAGGCCCUCUUCUUCAGUCCUGGUGACGAAGUCUUGGAGAAGAUCCUGAGUGACCCAACAUCCGGCGCGACGCUGAUCUUCAAAGUCCUGACCACACCUUUCUUCGACGAGUCGAUGCGCGCAGAAGUUGUGAAAAACGUGUCCAAAGUUCUCACCAAACUGAAAGCUACUCCAAGCCAGGGCUACAAGCGCUUGAUGGAUGAGGUUGGGCUGUCCUCCCGGGGCAGUUCUCGUGACCAUCACUCCGGAAGAGACGGUGGAAGUGGUCACGGCUCGAAUGCGGACAAACAGCAGCACCGUCCAACGUCGCGGCAGACGGCAAACACCAAUCAUCACUCUCAGCAUGCCACGGAGAGACAGUAUGGCGGGCAGUUUACCGGCGCUCAGAACCUGGACAACACAGCAUCCAUGGCACGACCUGUGACUUCCGAACAAACCUUCGACCAUUACGGUGCGAACGGAGUGGGUGGCCCUGCUGGUAUUGGCGCGGCUGGCGGUAUCAACACCAUCAACGGUCUUGGUGGUAUGAACGGUCCAGGAUUCGGCCAGGAAGGCAUGAUGCCAAUGAACCAGCAACAGCUCCAGUAUCAGGCUUACCUGCAAUCCCGAGGUAUGUCGCCGAGUGGGCUUUACCCAGCCGUGGCUGGCAAUAACUUUGGUGGAUAUGCCCCGUCUCUCUCCAUGGACAAUUUCAGGGGGUUGCAGGGCCCUUCUACCCUGCCCGGACCAACGUCGCAGAUGAGUGCCAGUCCGAUGCUCAGCCAACCCGCCUUUGCUCCGGCCCAAUUCAGUCCUGUUCUGAACACUGCCCAAAUGUACCAGUAUCCUCCACAGUUCUACCCCCAAGCUCAAGCCCAAGCCAUACCAAACCAAGCCGCGGGUGGGCGGCGUGGACGCGUAAGUACUCCAGAUGGCGCCUGA